UAACCACCAUAGAUCUUGGGUUGUGUAAACAUGACCUCCUUAAUUUGGCGGUGUGUGUGUGCUCAUCGUAAAGAUAUAUGAGGGACUCAUUCACACUGACGUCUGCCAGACAACAAAGAUAUGCGUUGCGUGGUGGGUAACACUUUCCAUGUAAUUGCAAAGAUACCCGCAGAUAAUCAUCAACGGUUCAAGAUGUGCAGAUUGUCUAUAACAAUUAGACAAGUAGGGCGCAACAUCUCCAUCCAAUCAACAGCAACGUGUAAACCGGGAAUUUAUCUUGCCGUCCGUCAAAGGAGCCAAACCCCUGGUAGGACUUGGGCCGAUCUGUUUGAAAGUCUGGGCGGAACUAGAGCUAUUGCGGUAAUACAUGGAAAAGCUAUGAAACUUAUAGCGCAGCUUUGCAUUAUAGCUGAAGCUGGUACUUCAUCGUCGGGAGCAUUGUUACAUGUUGUCCGUCAGUCUAUCUGCUUCUCUAUGCGGAUCCCCGAAGCUGGUUUCCAUCAAGUCUGGAGAAGAGCGAGUGUGCCUUGCAUUGUUUUGGUGAUACAAGCUAUAUAG